GGUCAAAUGCAUAUAUUUGUUUUUAGUCUUACACAGCAAGAAUGAUUGGCCUCGUUACAUAUUCUUCGUGAUACCAAUGUGUUUUUUAACUGGUGUGAACUUGGUGCUGUGGUUGCUGACUGCAGUGUACUGUGUGCGUGUCAAAUCAGUAGCACAGCAACUGCAAGCUGGUUCAGAAAAAGAUGCUAUUGCACGUCGUUAUCGGAUGUAUAAAGAAAAUUUGCUGUUGACUGGGAAGCUCUUUGUACUGAUGGGGAGUUGUUGGUUAAUUUACACAUUCGCGAUCUUUGUGAUGGGGCCUGAUGGUAGGGUGCCCCUGCCGGUAGCAAUAAUUGGCCAUUUGAUCGACCUCCACGGAUUGUGGUUAUUAAUUAUUCUGGUUUUUAAACCAAAAAAAAUUUACAUUUACAUCAGACGGAAACUCGGACUGAAAAAAUCAAACGAACUAAGUAAUGGUACGUUAUCAUCGCAGGCACACUCUACAAACAUUUCUAUGACGAGUGUAGUAACAUCGAUAUCGAAUUCUACAAUUCCAGCAACUUCAUCGAGAACAGAAAUGAAAGAAGAACGAUAA